GAGCCCCACCAGAUUCACUGCAAGCUUGACUCAGGGAUGAGUACAAGCCGAGCUAACCACUACAGCAUAGUGUCCUCUGAGGAAGACGGGCUGAGGUUGACCACCAUGCCAGGAGUCAACGGCUUUGGAAAUGGCAAGAUCCACACCAGGAGGAAAUGCAGGAACAGGUUUGUGAAGAAGAAUGGGCAGUGCAAUGUGGAGUUCACCAACAUGGAUGACAAGCCUCAGAGGUACAUUGCCGACAUGUUCACGACGUGUGUGGACAUCCGUUGGCGGUACAUGCUCUUGCUCUUCUCCCUUGCCUUCCUGGUUUCCUGGUUAUUGUUUGGGCUGUUUUUCUGGCUCAUUGCGCUGGUCCAUGGAGACCUAGAGAACCCAGCUGGGGACGAAAGCUUCAAGCCUUGCGUUCUUCAAGUGAACGGCUUUGUGGCCGCUUUCUUGUUCUCCAUUGAAACCCAAACGACAAUAGGCUAUGGAUUUCGCUGCGUGACCGAGGAAUGCCCGAUUGCAGUCUUCAUGGUGGUCAUGCAGUCCAUUGUGGGGUGUAUAAUAGACUCCUUCAUGAUAGGUGCAAUAAUGGCAAAGAUGGCCAGGCCCAAGAAAAGGGCUGAGACUUUACUAUUCAGCCAUAAUGCAGUGGUGGCCAUGAGGGAUGGGAAGCUUUGCCUGAUGUGGAGGGUGGGGAACCUCCGGAAAAGCCACAUAGUAGAAGCUCAUGUCCGAGCUCAAUUAAUUAAGCCCAGGAUCACAGAGGAAGGGGAGUAUAUACCACUUGACCAAAUAGACAUAGAUGUUGGUUUUGAUAAAGGCUUGGACCGUAUUUUCUUGGUGUCUCCCAUUACUAUACUUCACGAGAUCAAUGAAGAGAGCCCCUUGUUUGGGAUUAGCCGCCAGGACUUGGAGACGGAUGACUUUGAAAUCGUGGUUAUUCUUGAAGGGAUGGUGGAAGCCACAGCCAUGACAACGCAAGCGCGGAGCUCAUACCUGGCCAGCGAGAUCCUCUGGGGUCAUCGCUUUGAGCCCGUCUUGUUUGAGGAGAAAAACCAGUACAAAGUAGACUAUUCCCACUUCCACAAAACCUACGAGGUCCCAUCAACCCCGCGCUGCAGCGCCAAGGACUUGGUGGAGAAUAAAUUCUUACUUCCUAGCACCAACUCCUUCUGUUAUGAGAAUGAGCUCGCCUUCAUGAGCCGUGACGAAGAGGAAGAAGACGAUGACAGCAGGGGUCUGGAUGACCUAAGCCAAGACAACAGGCAUGAAUUUGACAGGCUUCAGGCCACAAUAGCAUUGGAUCAGAGGUCAUACAGAAGGGAGUCAGAAAUAUGACUCUUGGUCCCUCUGCUAACUGUUGUGAGGGUCUUUUUCCUCUCCUCUCUUCCCCUACAACCCGCUCAAAUUAUGCAGAACAAUGCAAGUGCCAUAGGAAUGCUUGAGAAAUUAGUAUUGUUCAUAGUUUUAAGUCUCAUUGCAAUAACCACUGAACGGUCUGCGAUAGGAAACCACAGCAGGCCACGGAGUGUUUUGAACGUCCAGUGUUGAUAACGCUAUUAGAAACCGUACUGGAGGCAGAUGCAAUAUGGCAGUGCAGACAAGGGGGAACGGCCUGUGUGAUCUACGCAGAAGCGUCUUCCUUAGAUGCAGAGAGACCGUGUUUUUUGUUUUCGUGCGUCCGCUAGAAAUGCGAGCCUUUUCUCAGAGCUGAGCACUGCGAGGUUCAAAAGGAGGAAAUAUCAGGAAACAAAUCUGUCGUCUUCUUCUUUCUUUCGUUCUUUUUUUUUCUUUCUUCUUUUUCACUGAACAAAAAUGAAUCUUUCCGGCAGGCAGUGUGAUUCAGUUGCACAAAAACAACACUUGAAAGACCAUGCAACAUAAAUACUACUUUUUAAUUUGGGGGAGGGAGGUGGGGGGGGUGUUAAUUUUUCAACGUAGUGCGUGGGAGACUGUUUACCAAAAAAAACAAAAAUUAAAGAUGUGAUUUGAUAUUUUUAAAAAAUGAACAAGGGAAUGAAGAAGCCACAUGGGUCUUUCUGGGGGUAUGGGAUUUCAGUGGGGGUGGAGGGGUUGCAAAGUCAGGACAAGGCAAAACUGCAUCCUGAUUUUUUUUGUUUUUUGCUGGCCAACUUUUGUAACCUGGAAGCACAAGUGAGUGGCUGCAGCCCAAUGGCAGCAGAAGCAAAGAGCACAGUUACGGGCAACAUAACAGAUAGGGAAAGCCAGGUGUUGUGAUGGAUCAAACAGUAGCGCUAAAAAUAACGAACCCAUGUAGAGAUAGAUCGAUGCCUGGGGCGGGGACAGGGCAGGGCAUCUCAGCCGGCUUAGCACUGUUGAGCACUGAUAUUUUAUUCUUUUGCACCUUCGAUGGCAAUGGGGCAGAUCCUGGGCCACAUCCUCACCUGGCGUGAAGCAAGGGUAGCUCCAUUGACUAGCUGAGGAUGUAGCAAUAUGUUCUUCAUCAUGCUGCUGGCCCUUCAAGUCAAUGGAGCUGUAAUGGAGAAUUAAGAGGGCCCUCAUGGGCCAGGCCUCCAAUGGAUGCAAGUGGAGCUGCCAGACUCGCUUGAGAUUUCCACCAGCUAUUGGUCUGGCUCAGUAUCUCCAAUGGGACCAUCCAUAAGUUUCCAAAAAAAAAAAGAAAAGAAAUAAACUCUCAGAUUCAGGUGAUGCCUAAUUUUCCAAUUAAUUUGAAUUGCAUUUGAAUCAACCUCUCAUGAAUAAUUCAGUUGUUUUAAGCACAAAACGCUACAUGCAAUAGAUAUGCUCUUGAUUUUGCACAGAGCGCACCUCCCGACGAGUGCUGUUGCCCAGCCCUGUCUUAGCGUCUGCUCUGUUCUGCGCAAGUUGGGAAUUUAUGAAUGACCCCUUUCAGUGGCAGGCUCUAAAAUCUGGAGGCAGAUGCUCCUCUGAAAACAGCAGAUGCCGUGAAAGGAAACCCAACAGGCUUUACCGUUCAACCCCUCGCUGUUUCCAAACCUCAAGGUGGAUCGUGCCUUAGAGAUGCAAAAUGGUUCAGCCACACCAAGCUUUUUCCCAGCACCAAAAUCCUCUUAAUGCAGUCUUCCCUCCAGCCUUAUCGCGGGUCAUGUGUCAGCCCGCAUGGGUGCAACCAUGCAGCAAAAAUCAUAGAGCAGAUCAUAGGCAAUAAACGGGGGCGCCCGGCCCACGUGACGGGCCGCAAUCGAUGGCACGCUGUUUGCUAUUCCAAAAGGCACAAAGAGUGGACUCCUGUAUUUGCUUAGGAAGCCGUCAUUCCAGAAGAUGAAAGAUGCCUGUUCUCUAGCACUGAGUAGAGAAAAAGCCCCAACUCCUAUCAGAAGGAAACCCGCCCUGCACCUAUCAUACCUGUAUCCCAAUCCCUAGGAUUCAUGUGAACAUCUCUCACUUUCCAAAACCACAGGCCCCUGUCCCUUCAGUCACGGGACACGGGCUGGUACCUAUUAGCAAUGGAGGCUUGACGGCAUGCACAGGAGCUGUUCUUAUUCCACCCACUGGCAGGAAUGAUGUGCACAAUCUCUAGCCAGUCCAUCCAGUGCAGCUUCCAGCUCCCAUGAGAGAGGAAAUGUCAGUAGGCACCCUGGGAUGUGGUCUUCAUCAUCCCAACCACUCCUCGCUUUUGCUCAGCUCUCUUUAUAUUCAUGGCACAGUUCACACAAUGAUAAAUGCUGCCUCCUCCCACCCAUGCCGUCAAGCAAAGUGUUAGUACCCCCUGCAGUGCAGGGAGGCUAGAUGACUUGCCUCAGGACAUAGAGGGCAUCGGUGUCAGAGGCAGAUCCAGCCCUGUAGCACUGGAGACCCCCUCUGCAAAUCCCCUUUUUGAGUCAGUGCUGUCGGCUGUGGUUGAAGGGCUGGUUGGAAAGCUCGCACCGCUGUAAUUUGCCCCGAGGAACGAGGUGGCUCACCCAACUACAGAGGCUGCCUCUCAGUGGUGUUUUUCUCCAAGACUUUCUGGCACUGUUUCCAGCAUCCUUUAGCGACUGAAAGCUCUGUGCUACUCAUUCAAGGGGCAGGCCUAUUUUUGGCUUCUUCUAAAUGGCAUGCAGUCCUGCUAGGGCGAAAAGGGGAGGAAAGCAUCUGCUCCUGCGUGAUAAAUGUCAGUCCUCCUGGGACGUCUGAGGUCUGGCCUGGGGCCGGGGAGGCUUGGAUUCUGAUCUCAGAUUGACAAAAGAUUUGACACGUGGUUUGGGUAGAGCUCCUAAUUCCUCUCUCCUCGCUCCUCUGUGUGUGAACUGGGGGGAGCUUCAGAGAGCAAUUCAGAGCUAUGUUAGUGUGAAUGCGUCCAGUUCACCCCCAGGCCUUGUACUCGCCGCAGCAAUGUUUGGACAGUGCCCUGAAGAUGCUCAGAGCUGAGCAAUUAGCUCCUAAGUACCCAGUGCAUGUGUUCACACAGUCAGCGAGGCUCAGAGACACAUUUCCACCCCCCGUAUGAAUCCCAAACCCAAAGGACAUGACUCUUUUGUGUUUCUAAGGCAGAAAAUACAGAUGCCAUCACAUCCUACCCACCACCAGCUCCCAGGUCCAGCUCAACCCUUACAACUUCCUUUCCUUGUUUUGAAGGAUAAUUAUGGUGCCUGCUUCU